AGAGCGGGACCAGAGCGGGACCAGAGCGGGACCAGAGCGGGACCAGAGCGGGACCAGAGCGGGACCAGAGCGGGACCAGAGCGGGACCAGAGCGGGGAGACUGUCCUCGUGAGCGCCAUGGGCACGAGCUGCUCCUGAGGUCGUGUCACGCGUGUGCGGUAUGCGCGGGGACGCCGCGCUGCCUCAGAUCCACAGAGCUCCUGGAGACACGCAGCGUGUGAACAGACACUAGCUUCACCUCCACCGGCUCUGACAUUGACGGAGGGGGAAGAGGACACGAGGGGUAGAGGACACGAGGGGCAGAGGACACGAGGGGUAGAGGACACGAGGGGCAGGACGCAGCUCAAACUUUGGAUCUUGGCGCAGACCCGCGUUUCCACGAUGCGUCUUUGCGCAGUGGUGUGCGCCGCGCCGCUGCUGCUCCUGGCGGCUCUGUCCCACUCCAUUUCUUUGUCCCCCAAAGAGGCGAACCAGUUCCUCAGCAGACACAGAAGAGCAAACCAAGUGUUUGAGGAGACGAAACAAGGACACUUGGAGCGGGAGUGUGUGGAGGAGAGGUGCUCCAAAGAGGAGGCGAGGGAGGUGUUUGAGAACGACCCAGAGACUGACUACUUCUGGCCUAAAUAUAUAGCCUGCGUCGACAGGUUUGGAGACUCUGAGAAAAAGAAACAGGAUCUGAUCACGUGUGUUCACAAUAUCCCAGACCAGUGCUCGCCGUCGCCGUGUAACCCCAGAGGUACGGUGCGCUGUGAGGACAAAAAGGGCGACUUCCUGUGCCACUGCUUCACGGGCUGGACGGGGGCGAGGUGUGAGACAGAUGUGGACGAGUGCGAGACGAGGAACGGCGGCUGUGACCACGAAUGCAACAACACGAUGGGGAGUUACCGCUGCUCCUGUCGCCACGGAUACACGCUGUCAGGGCGCCACUUAUGUAACGACGUGGACGAGUGCGACGACCCGUCCGUUUGUGGCACGGCUCAGUGUCUCAACACCAAGGGCAGUUUCGAGUGUCUGUGUGAACCCGGGUUUGUUUACGACAACGAGACCGAGAGCUGCCUGGACGUGGACGAGUGCCAGUCCAGCGUCUGCGCCGACGAGUGUCUCAACGUCCCGGGGAGUUUCCGGUGUUUUUGUGACGGACGUGAGGGGAUGAAGCUGUCCCAGGACCUCAGGAGCUGUAAGCCCAUUACGUCGUGUAUUUCUCCGUCUUUGAAGAGAAACCCUCAGUCUCUGUAUCUGGGGCGUAUGUUCAGUGGAGUCCCUGUCGUCAGGCUGCGGUUUCGAAGAACGUCUAAAACAGGAUUUUCUGCAGAGUUUGACUUCCGCACGUACGACUCUGAGGGAGUGAUCUUUUUUGCCGGAGGUCACUUGAACAGCUCCUGGAUUGUGCUUGCGAUGCAUGAUGGGAAACUGGAGCUGCAGCUGAAGUACGGCGCAGUGAGCAGAGUCACCAGCAGUGGCGCUGUGGUCAACGAUGGACAGUGGAGAAAGAUCUCGGUGGAGGAGCAGGGCCGUAGUCUGGUGAUAAAGAUCGACAGAGAGGCGGUGAUGAAGAUCGCGGUGAACGGAGACUUGUUCACUCUGAAGAAGGGGCUGGGGCUGCACGAGCUGAACCUCACUGUGGGGGGAGUGCCCUUUAAAGAGGACGGCCUGGUGAACAAAGUGAACCCUCGUCUGGACGGGUGCAUGAAGGACUGGCGCUGGUUGACGGGAGAAGACGCGUCGAUCCAGCAGACGAUCCAGUCCAAUGAGAACAUGCAGUGUUUCAGCGCAGACGACCCCGGCGCCUUCUUCAAUGGGACGGGCUUCGCCUUUUUCAACCGGAGCUUUUCAGAUUCUUUACCCCUGAGCGUCCACAUGAGUCUCAGAGCCACCUCGGGCAUCGGGGUCCUGUUCGCUCUGAUUCACCAGGACCGAGUGCCUCUGUCUGUGUCUUUGGCCGAUUAUCAUCCCGGGACGGACGAGUGGAGAGACUUCGUCCUGGUCACAUCGGGCGACUCCGUCGUGGCGAGUUCGCCCAGUCCUCUGUGCGACGGAGAGGGUCACGUGAUCGAGGUGACGGUCUCGGCCAAUCAGACGCUGCUUCUGAUCGACGGGCAGCCGGGACGCAGCGGGGACGGCGUGGUCCCCGUGGACGUCCUGUCUCAGUCCAGCACCUUCAUCGGAGGAAUCCCAGACGUCCCCCUGGUGUCCACUCUGGUGUCUGCGUCCUACAGCGGCUGCAUGGAGGUCAGCGUGAACGGACGGGAGCUGGAUCUGGACCAAGCCACCCACAAACACAACGACAUCCGCUCUCACUCCUGCCCCCUGCUGGACUCGUACCAGUGACGCACUCGAGCUGCACAGUAUUUAUUUAAACCAGGAUUUUGCAGAUUUGGACGGAGUAGAACGUCCGAGUCUGUGUCCAGCUGGUGCUUAGAUCAUUGUUUUGUGACACUGUUGCUUAAAGGCACUAGCUGGGCUUUUGUUUAUUUGAAAUGGCACAUAUUAGCAGCAGAAGAGGCAAUAAGUGCUGGACAAGAUCGUCUUAACACUGCCCGAAAACUAUUAGCCUUGAUAUUAGCCCCAUAAGAACACACCGGGCCUUAAACGGGGCGACGCUAAGCUAGCACAGGUGGAAGUAACGAGGGUCAUUUCUCCAGUAUAUUUUAUAAACUCUCUUGGACUUGAGUGUCUGAAAUCCCACGUUUCACAUUCUCAAGUCAAAGUUUUAUUAUAAUCGUAUUUUUUAUUUGAUUUUCGUGUUUUAUCCUGUCGUGAGUCGCGCCGUCUGUUCUUUUUACCUUCGUUAUUUUAUUUAUAAUUCGCCGUUUUGUCGAUGAUUUACGUUUGAUUUGCUAAGUUUGAGUAGCUUUUCCAGAGUACUUCGUUUGAGUAUUUCAUCCACGUCUUUACGCCUUUAACGAGGUCGUCCACGGCAACGGCUUUUGAUGAUAUUUAAUGUUAACUACGCUUUAAUUAGCCUUAAUAAAGCAUGAAUAAAGACGAGAUUCAUAAACUUAAAGAGCUCAUGUUACGCUAUUUUCUGAUCUGUUUUGAUGUUUCCUCGUCAAAAAACAGACCUGGAGUUGUGUUUUGUUUCACUCUCACAUGUUUAACACACAAACCUGCAGAUUUAAACACUCUGUUCCACCUUGUGAUGUCAUCAUGUGGCGAUACAGGAAGUGCCCCUCUGUGUUUUUAAACUCUAUACGCCUUUAAUAAUAAUAAUUUCAGCCUUGGAAUUUACAAACUCUGCUAAAAAUAAAGGGUAAAAGGAGCUGCUGACUUAAACUACCACUUGAUGACAUCACAAAGUGGAACAGAGCGUUUUGAGAUGUAGACAGACUAAUAAUAACAUGUUAUUCAGUCUGUUUUUGAGGAGUUAACAUCAUUAAAACACAUUUAAGAAGUAUUUAGGCUGAAAAACUACACAAUUAUUACCGUCUUAUCCCUUUAAUUUAGUCGUUAAAAGCCUAAAUCGUUCCUGUUUAUUAUGAAUUCCUCCGUCUUUGUUCAUGUUUUAUUAACGUCUAAUUAAAGUGCAGUUUUCAUAAAGUGUCACCACGUUUCCUCGUUCAUUCAGUCCAAUUGCGACCCCUAGUGGCCAAACGUGAAGCCCAACUCCACGAGGACCAUCAUAAAGACCAGGUGCUCUGAGACGGGACGGUCCUGAGGGGGGACGGUCCUGAGGGGGGACGGUCCUGAGGGGGGACGGUCCUGAGGGGGGACGGUCCUGAGGGGGGACGGUCCUGAGACCGAGGGGGGUCCUGAGGGGGGGGAUGGUUCUGAUGUGGUGUUCGUCUCGUCCCCGCGUCUCAUCCCCGCGUCCCGUCCCCACGUCUCGUCCCAUCCCCGUGUCUCGUCUCGUCUCGUCCCUACGUCUCGUCUCGUCCUGUGUCUCGUCCCCGUGUCUCCUCAGGAGGACCUGGGCUGUCGAUGCUGCAUUUUGCUGCUUUCUGUGAAAAAGUGAAUCUUGCACAUAGUUUCAGACGCACACGGAGCCGCUCAGUGACGCCAUGUGUGUAAAAACAAACGUCUCCGUGUUCAUCUGCAGCGUCAAACGAACCGUGUGCCUCGAACAACAACAACAACAACACAACCCUGAUGUCGUACUGUAACUGAAGCUACUCGUGUAAAAACUCAUCCACACACCAGGUCAGAGGAGAAGUUUGUGAUUAACUUUUGUUUCCUGUUGUUUUUUUCAGUCGUGUUUCUCUGGUUUUACAUUUGAUCAAAAUAAACCUGCACAGUUAGAAAUCGAACAAACUUUAUGUGUUUAGACUCGAAUAAUGUGUUAAAGAUGAACAUUUAGAGCUUAAAGUCUCAUAAUACUCCAUUUUGUGAUGAUUAAACAUUAGAACAGGAGUUGUGUUUUGUUUCAUUCUCACAUUUAACACACAAACUCUGCACGUUUAGACUGAAAACACUCUGUUCCACCUUGUGAUGUCAUCAUGUGAUACAGGAAGUGCUCCACUGUGUUUUUAAACUCCACACACCUUUAAUAAUAAUAAUUUCAGCUCUGGAGUUUCCACUUAUCUCGACUGAACUAAAGGUAAAAGGAGCUGUUCACUUAGACUCCCACUUGAUGACAUCACAAGGUGGAACAGAGCGUUUUGAUCUUUGUAGAUGUUGCAGACUAAUAAUAAAGUGACUCAAACAUGUGUGAAUGAAACAAAACACAAGUCCAGGUCUGUUUUUGAGGAGGAAACAUAAAUUAAAACAGUAUUUUGUGCACUAUAGGACUUUAAAUCUGGAUUAUCGUCUCUAUUGUUUCUGAUGUUUAUUUCGCUCAAAUUGACGUUUAAAUCAAAACAUUCAAAACAUUUUAUCAAACUGUUUUGUCCUUUCCACGACACGAUAAUCAACAGGUUUUUAAAUCCGACCGCUGAUAGUUACUCACUCACUUCUCCUUUAAACCCAAACUCCGUGUUCCUCGCCUUCGCCACUAAAGCACAGAGACGCCGAGGGGAGAGGGGGCGGAGCUCCGCACCGGCCGCACCACGAGCUGCUGAGCGACUGCGCUGUGUAAAAUAGAGAUGUGUAAAUAUGUGUGCGGCUUUUAGACAAACACUACCUUUUCAGCUUUGAGUCGAUAAAACUGAUGCAACUUCACACAAGGGCCAAAUAAAGCUGCACUGCGGAACUUUCCUGCUGCAGGGGUCGCCGCCCGAGAUAAGCAAGAGCCCAGUCAGAUCUGUGGAGAGUGCACGUUCUGAACGAAUAAAAACACGUCAUUGAAGAGAUUUAAGAUGAAAUUUAAGUUUAAUGACAAAUAAAUCCAUAAAUAAAAUAAAAAAAAUGUAACAAGACAAGUUGUAAUUGACAUUGGCUCUUUUAUAUUCUAAGGUAAAUUUCUAAAAAUGCAAAUAAUUCAGGUGUUUAAUGUAAAAAAGUUAAAGUUAAAGUCUGGACAGAACAGACGCGUUUGACCCUGAGUCUGUGUUUGCUCUUUUCAUCGUUUCACUGUUUUUUUCUCGUGUUUUAUUUUUAUUCUCGUGUUUUUAUUGUGACACGUUCAGUUUUCUCUUCACAUUUCUAACGUCUAUUUCAUUUUCAUUUUUUCUCGUGUUUUAUUCUCGUGUUUUAUUUUUAUUCUCGUGUUUUAUUUUUUUUCUCGUGUUUUUUUCUCGUGUUUUAUUCUCGUGUUUUAUUUUUAUUCUCGUGUUUUAUUUUUUUUCUCGUGUUUUUUUCUCGUGUUUUAUUCUCGUGUUUUAUUUUUAUUCUCGUGUUUUAUUUUUUUUCUCGUGUUUUAUUCUCGUGUUUUAUUUUUAUUCUCGUGUUUUUUUUCUCGUGUUUUAUUUUUAUUCUCGUGUUUUAUUCUCGGGUUUUUAUUGUGACACGUUCAGUUUGUUCAGUUUUCUCUUCAUUUCUAACGUCUUUACUUUGACUCUUGUGAUGAAGUUGCGUCUCUAAAGUUUGUUUUUUUCUGAAUGAAACUGAAACUGCAUGAGAUUUAGAAGAAUGAGUCGAGGGGAAACCAAAAACACGGACGUGGUUUGUCUCUGUUUAAAUUUUAGGUGCUUAAAUUUCACUAAAGAUUGUAGAGUUUUGCCAAAGGGCUCGUUUGUUUUUAGGUUUGAGUAAAUGCCAAAGUCGAGCUCGAGUUUAUCACGUGUGUGUUUUUUAUUUAGUGUUUGAUUUUCACUUUUACUGCCAGUAUGUGUACGAUCCUGAGUGAUGUUUGCCUUUUUGUUUCCUCGACAGUUAAAAUUAUAUUUAAAACAAAUAAAAGCCGUAAACUAGAUUUU